AUGAGGUGGUGGGAGAGCGUCAAGAGCCUGUUCGCCGACGGCGGCAACCUCGGUUGCCUGUCCUGCGUCGGGAGGAAGGCGCCCGAGGAUCUCCACUCCUACCCGAUGGAGCCCGCGAAGCGGAAACGAUCGCGCGGCGCCGCUCCGGCGGCGGAGGAGGAGCCGGGCGCCAUCGAGGUGCCGGCGGUGGCGCUCCGGGAGGUGAACGAGCUGACCGGCUCCUUCGACAGGGAGAAGCUGAUCGGGGAGGGGUCGUACGCCAAGGUGUACAAGGUGACGCUGCGGAGCGCGAGGCUCGCCGUGGUGAAGAAGCUGGAGAAGGCGUCCAAGCACGCCUCCAACGACGUCUUCCGCCGGCAGCUGGCCGUGGCGUCCAGGCUGCGGCACGAGAGCUUCGUCCGCCUGCUCGGCUUCACCAUAAGCGGCGACCUCCGCGUGCUCGUCUACGAGUUCGCCACCAUGGGCACCCUCCACGACGCCCUGCACGGGCCGAGGGAGGGCGUGGGGGCGCGGGAGGAGGUGGAGGAGAGGCCGGUGCUGAGCUGGGCGCACCGGGUGCAGAUCGCGCUGGACGCGGCGAGGGGGCUGGAGUACCUGCACGAGAAGGCGUCGCCGCCGGUGGUCCACAAGGACGUGCGCUCCACCAACGUGCUGCUCUUCGACGGCAUGAGGGCCAAGAUCGCCGACUACAACAUGUUCAGCCAGGCCGCCGACAUGGCGCGACUCAACCGCUCCACGCACACGCUCGGCUCCUUCGGCUACCAGGCGCCGGAGUACGCGAUGAGCGGUCAGAUGACGGACAAGAGCGACGUGUACAGCUUCGGCAUAGUUCUCCUGGAGCUGUUGACGGGCAGGAAGCCGCUGGAUCGGACGUUGCCGCAGGGCCAGCGCAGCCUAGUCAACUGGGCAUCUCCGCUGCUGACUGAAGACAGAGCUCAGGAAUGCAUCGACCCGAGGCUCGGCGACAAGUACCCUGCCACCGGAGCGCUCAAGCUAGGGAGGAUCGCAGUGCAGUGCCUCCAGUAUGACCCAACCUACCGGCCGUCCAUGGGCACCAUCGCCCGCGUGAUCAACUACGCCGUCGUGCGGGACCAGCAGGGCGUGGUCUGA